AUGACGUGUGUCCUCCAGCAUCAGCAUUCCUGCGCAGGCCGCGUGUUCCUCGAGAGUGUGCACGCUGAGCUCUACAGCGACCUCGGUCUCCUUCUGGUGUUCCUUGGCGCCGUCCUCGCCUUUCAAUUCCUCUACUACGAGGUGGCGAUGCUGAAGAACCCUUCGGGCCGUUCCCUGGGCCUCCAAGUUUUCGUGGCCUUGGCAUCAUCUUCCUUCCUGGGUCUCGGGCUAUUCUUCCUCUAUGCGUGGGCUGGCUUGUGCCCACAAUCAUUGCUGCAACAAGCAUGGAACUUGUCGCACGGUUCUGGCUGGGAUUUUCGUGACCAGAGGUACUCCUGA